ACAGGCAGAACGCCUGCGCAGGGUAUGUGAAUGGUUUUUACCUUUCAGACCAGAGAACAAAGUACACAGGAGAGACACCUGUGACAUAUAAAUUAUUUUGGAUACACAAUUCUGGGUAUAUUAUUGUCAACACCAAAAGGCCUAAAUCUACCGAAACAACUACCUGGGUGGGUGAACAAACGUGGAGUAACUGGGCUCUGAGGAUUUAAUGGAUAUUGUUUGCCAAAUGGAUUGUACCUGAAGUCGGAGAGAAGGUUGUCAACGGAACUACCAGCCGGGACUCCAUUUUGGAGAAAAGGCAGCUGAUCACCAUGGAGCCCCCCGGAGGACUCCCAGUGCCCAUUGAUGUUCUGGGAGAGAAUGAAGCGCUGCAGCAGUUCUUUGACGGAUGCCAGGAUAUGAGUGGGGUCCUGGAGAGUGCUGUGGUGGACACCAGCAUACUGGAACAGUACCUCAGCAACGACAUGGACCCAACAUUCAUGUUACCAGAGUCACCACCAGAUUCUGGUUCAGAACCAUGUUCACCUCCGCAAAUACCAGACGUGAGUUACGGCUACCAGGAAGUGUUCCAGACAGUGACACGUCCUCCAGCCUCAUCGUGCCGAUAUAAAGAGCUGGCACCACAACCCCCACCACACCCAGGACUGCCAUACCACCAGGGGCUGCCUAACUCUUACACCAAGGCAGGCACAUCUCCAGGCUCACUGCCCCACAACCCCCCCCUCCACCACCCCCACUACCUGAGCCCAGGGGAGAGCUAUAUACAGUCUAACACUGCCCCCACACCGCCAGUCCACCACAAGGCUCCCCAGCAGCAUCAGCCUCCUCCACGCCAGGGCCUGGCAGACAGCUACCCCAGGGCCAACGCACCCCCGGUCCCAGAACUACCUCCAGGUCAAGCCCCAUACCUAGCCCCAGGCCUCGGGCUGCCCUCAUCCUGCCUACUACCUGUGCCUGGAUGCCCUUCAGAACCAGGAUAUUCAUACCUGCCCCCCACUGCUGGGCAAUACACAGGGCUUAUAUUGCCUGACUGUAGGAAGAGAAGACGAACAGAACCCCUCGGGGUACAGAACCAUUUAGCGACUGUUCCUCUAGCAGGGGGCUCCGAGAGGGGAGGCGGUGACGUCCCGUCCUAUGACAGUGACGGGGCCACAGAGAGCAGCUCUGGGAUGGGGACCAAUCAGCUCCUCACCUGGGAUCGCUACCAGCCUGGCCUGUGGACACCGCUCUACAACAGUAACUAUGACAUCCUGUGAGUGUCCUU